CUCUGGGUCUCCAGCUGCAUUGGGUGGCAUCUCAUUGUUUCUUCUGUCUGUCCAGUCCCAUCAGAACAUGGAGGUGACCGGCACGCUCCAAAUGGAGCAGCACACCAAGAGCGAGCUGGCCACGAAACUCGGCCAGCUGCAGGAGAAGCUGACAGAGCUAAAGGAGCUGGUGGAGGAGAAAUAUCAAGAGGCUCAGGAGCUGCAGCAGCAGCAGGACCACUACCUUAGUCACCUUCAGCAGUACAUGGCCGCCUACCAGAAGCUCGUGGCUGCCUACCAGCAGCUGGCCAACGAGAAGGACGUCCUGCAGAAGCAGGUGCUGCUUAACACCCAGCUUGUCAACUGGAUACAGCACGAAGAAGAGCAGGGCAAGAUGGAGGUCGAGUUGGCCCGCCAAGAGCUGCUGGAAACACAGGAAGACCUGCGAGCAGCAUCCCUUCUCAUUCUUUCCUGUCGGCCCCACUGA